AUGAUACGCCCAUCCAGACUUCAACCUCCCAACGGGCCCAUUCUUAACGGGGAAGAUGGUCAAGCUCUGGUUAAAUCGCCGGGUUCAUACACGUCACCGGACACCACCAAGCCUUCGUUGUUCGGAAAUGGAAUCGUUAGUGGAAGAGAAAAGUCUGUAGAUAUGGAUUACAGCCAUAUGGAUCCUGACGAUAUGUUCGCGCGCUACUCCGUGUCGGAGAUACGCGCUAUACGCUCACGAUUACUAUUAGAUGCUGACGGGAAACGCGAAGAAUUGAGGCAAAUGGUUGGGGAGCGAUACAGGGAUCUAUUACACGCAUCUACAGCUAUUACUAAUAUGGCUGGGACGUCUGAACGAGUCGUAGCCACGCUGAUUGACAUGCGGGAAUCAUGCGCUGGUAUCCUACUUCUCGACGAAAGUCCAAGGACCAGACACCGUUCGAUUCCAAACGGAAAAACCACGAAGGCCCAGGAAGAUGCGCACCUCAAAACUCUUCAAACGCUUUCGGCGCAUUUAAAGCUACUGUUAGACUCGCCAGAACAUUUAUGGAGAUGGCUUGAGAAAAAACAGUUUCUUCACGCCGCUUGGCUAUUCCUCUUGGCCAGAACAGUGUACCGGAAGCUAUCCAAGUCACCCGACGAGGAUGAAUCGAAGAAGAAGAAAUCAGAGCAAUUCCCAGUGGCUUCAAAGCAAUGGGAGGCCAUUGGUCAAUUCCGCCCUCAGAUAGUUCACAAAGCGACACAAGCAUUGCGGGAAUCCAACACGUCACACCGAGUAUACUUUAUCUAUCAAAUGCAAGACACAGCAGAAACCCUUAUUGCAAUAUUGCUUCUGGAUGCCCUUUCAACUUCACGUACUCGAAACCUAUUCCUAUCUCAGAGGUCCAAGACGUUAACUUCGUUGCUGAAUCCACCGGUAUCAGCCUCCCGCAGAGCAAUUUCCCCUAACCGUGCGCAGAACCGAAAGGCUACUGCUGCAUUAUUAUCGCCUGCCGCAUCCCCGCGAUCGGUUCCAUCGCCCUCCGUUCAGCUUUUAAAGACGCCUAUCACGCCCUCGGCAGCGAAUGCCAAAGCCGAAAAGAAGACAGUACGAGAGGUAGUUAAGGCCUUCCGAGCCGUGAUAAGCCUUGUGGCAGGGACAAUGGCAGCAACUCGAGCUAUCUAUGGUGUUGAUGGACUGUUUACGCAAAUAAUCAUGGACAUACAGGCAGAAGUCCCUUCACAAAAUAUUCCUACCACCGUUUCUCAAGCACAAUUCCCUAUGUCCAACAUUAUCCAACCAUCGACUUUGACCUCUCGUAACUUGACAACACCCCAGAUUUUGUACUCCCUUCCUUCUUCCUCUCUCUUACUUCGUUUUCUGCCACCCUCUAUCACAGGGUACACCCCCUACGUCUCAACAGAUGCUGAGGGGUCCGACGAAACUAAAACGGGGAAUACUGAAGGAGAAUCGAAUGGUUGGUUAACCGCAGCACUUGAGGCUCUCGCUCUUCCAGCACGGAACUGGUUGAAUAAACUUGAUAGUGUCCGUGCAGUGUGGACUGUCAGGGGGGCAGUUGUUAAAGGUAUUGUAGCUCUUGAAGGAACAAAGGAAACGAAAGACCGGCUAUUAGGAGCAAUCGAGGCAGCAUUCAUUGGUCGUGUUUUAGAAGUAUGGGAGACCCGCUUGGAGAGCAUCGAGAUCAUUGUGAGCAAUGCGCUUAGAAGAGCAGCUUCACUAUCAGAGGUUUCUACUAGUGUAGAUGCAAAGAGUCAAGAUAUAAAUCCAUUGACUUUUGUAUAUUCCUCGGAGUUGCCCAUUGUUCGUACUGAACCCAGUGGCGAUUCUAGCUUCAGACUAUUUGAGAGUGCUCUCAAAUGUCGCGUAAAUCGGAGGACCCCUUUGCUGGACUUGUCGCUUUCAGAAAUGGAAGCAGCUGCACAGGAACUUCGAGAUGAACUUACUAUAACUUUAGGGGACGACAACACAAGUGAGGCUGGUACCCGUUUGACUUCUUCGUAUCAACCUCGGGCUGCAGAUGCUUGUAUGCGGAUAGCCGAUGCGGUAUCAAAAGCAUUGGACGAUGCAGCAACAAAUAAUGAACAAGUAAAGGCUAUUGUAUGCGUUUUUAUUGGGCGCUUGGCCAACGCUUUAGCCUACCAUUCAAAUUUCAUACCGAAUCUCUCUUGUUCCCCGGAUGCUGCGACACGGGCGAGGGAUAUUUUUGGCGAUGUGCACAAGAAAUCUGUCGAUCUUUGGUGCAAACGAUCUUGUGAACAUGCUCUCAUGAUAUACCGACCAGAGUUCGAAAUAUCUCCUUCAAGAGGAGAUGCAACGAGCUCGAGAGGGUCAGCCAAGGAUACCAAACUGUCACAGGAUAAUCUGAGCGCAAGUAUCAUUAGCUCUCACUUUCAGAAGCAUUCGGAGGACCAGCAAACAGUCAAUACACUUAUCCGUGACCAAUUGGCGCGCUCACAGCUGCUCUUUUCGACCUUGCUGGACGUUCGAAUCCCACAGACACAAGCAAAACCGAUUCGUACACAAAAUGCAUUCCUUCCUUUGGGAGGACCGCCCACCGAAACUGAUUUCCACCCUGCGUUGGAUCUGAAAAUACCAGUUUGA